AUUUCGUUUUUCGAAAGACAAAUGAAAAGUACAACCCAUGGAGACCACCGAGAGCUCGUCGAGGGUGACAAGCUCCGCCCCACCAUGCUCUCACCACCACCACCUGUUGCUGUGUCCUCACCACCACCACCUCUACCAUCACCACCACCAUCACCACCACCGUCACGGCAACAGCUGUAACUUUCGCUGCCAUGCGCACCCUGCUUCUUGCAUCUCUCCUCCUCCUCCUCCGCCGCCUCCUCCUCUUCCCAACGCCGCUCCUCAGACCGGCGCAGAAGCUGCGCCUUAUGUUGCUUUGCCGGCGGAGCUCAAUCCCCUAGAGGUUGACUCUUCCCGUCAGAUGUUAGAGCAGCAGGAUUAUGAGCAGCAAGAGGAGGUUUUUGACACCGAUGAAGAGCCUGUUUUUGUUUUGACCGAUGAAUGGAGGGAGUUCUUCGCGAGGUCCGAAGCAAAGAGGAAGUUAGCCAAGAGGGAGGCUAAGAAGGAAGCCAAGAAGUGAAUGGACUCCUGUUUCGAUAUUCACGAUCUCCACUUUCCUGGUGGAACUUGUAACUGAGUGACAAUCCACCAGCCUGAAAAAUAUUAUCCUGGAGCUACCGAGGAAUUAAGAUGAUUGGGGUCUUGUGUUUGUCGGGCACGUUAGGUUUUCAUGUACUCUGAAACCUUAAGAUUUCAUAAUGAAAAGACAGAUACCAGAGAACAAAACCUUACCAUUAUGUGCUUUGGAGAACUUAUCGGCACGGAAGCUGCAUCUGGGUUUUGGAGGAUAAUGCUUUGGUUGUCAUUUCUCCAUUGAGAAAAUUAAUUCCAAGAUUUCGAUGCCUCGUAUUAGCGUUGCAGAUUCAGUUCAUACAUUAGCACUGACAAGGGAAGCGAGAAAUUGAGAAAACUGACCAAUCAAUUACCCUUAUUCUAUAGGCAGAAUUGCACUUUUGGACGCCAA